AUGCCUGACAUACAUGUUAUAUUGUCUAUAGAUUUUGGAACAAAAUAUUCCACCUUUAGCUAUGCCCAUGUCUUAAAUAAAGCAGUAACUACGAAUGACUGUUGGCCGGGGGUGAUUGGCCAACUCAGAAUUGAAACUGCCCUCCAAUAUGACUCUGAUUUUCAAAACGUGAUAGCAUGGGGAUACGAAGCAUUGGCCACUAAAUCUACAAGAAAAAAUAAAAAAAAUAAAAUCAAGCCUGUUGAAUUAUUUAAACUGCAUUUGAGUGAUAUUCCUGAAUCUCAAAAACCUACAUUACCGUUGGCAAGAGAGUGUAUAACGAAGCGUUGGCCUAAUGUAGACUUUUACAACAAUGUUCACCUUAUACUUACUGUGCCCGCUGAAUGGUCGAAUCGAGAAAUCGAUAUUAUGAGAGAAUGUGUAUUUAAUGCAUCAUUGAUUAAGAAGAAAGAUUUUUCCAAUUUGGAUUUUGUAACCGAACAUGAAGCUGUCGCUCAUUAUUGCACGAAAAUUGCAAAGGAGUAUUUUAAUAUUAUUGGCAAAAAAUUUAUGAUUGUUGAAUGUGGAAGAGAAAUCACUUAUUUGACAACCCGAGAACUAUUGGAGAAUGGAUUUGGUGAAAUUGUAUCAAGAUAUGGUGAUUUUUGUGGAGGAUCAGAUGUCGAGCAGCAAUUCUUAAAAUUCAUUACACGUAAAAUUGGAGCGGUCGCAGUUGAACUAUUAAAAGAGCAGCAUUUUGGUCAAUACCAGUAUAUGAUUCACCAAUAUUCUAAAUGUAUUCAAAGUCGUUUUACCGGAGAUGAAUUUUUUUACGAAUUUGAUCUAGAAAAUGUUUGCCCGGUUAUAACGCAAUACGUUACGGGCCCAUUAAGAAGUAGAUUGGAAGAAGAUGAAUGGAUAAUUGAUUUUAAUUACGAAACCGUAAAAUCAUUUUUUGACCCAGUUAUCAAUAAAAUCAUCGGAUUAAUACAUGAAUUAAAUUCUGUUGAACCUUGUUCAGCUAUAUUUUUAAUAGGAGAAUUUAGCGAAUCAAAAUAUUUACAAUCAAUAGUCAAGGAACGCUUUAAAAAUGUUGUUGAUCAUAUAUUGAUUCCCCCUCAACCGACCUGUGCAGUUACACGAGGAGCAACCGAAUACGGAUUAAGAAAACCCACUUGUACAAUGAAAGCGACAAGUGAAAUAAACAAAUUGUUGCUCGGUGAAACGAGUGUAGGAAAAUACGGAUUAAGAAAAACUACUCAUACAAUGAAAGCGCCAAGUGAAAUAAACAUAUUAUUGCUCGGUGAAACGGGUGUAGGAAAAUCCACAUUUAUAAACGCCUUUGCAAACUAUCUAAGGUAUAACACUCUAGAUGAUGCGAAAGUUGGGGAGAUGGCA